GCGCCCUGAAAAGUGAAGCCGACCCAGCCCUGCCCCGAGGGACGCUCCACCAGGGCGGAGGUGCAGACAGGCCCGGCCACAAUUCGCUGUAACGUGAGCCAGGCCCCGGCGGAAAGGGGCCAGGGGACCAUAGAGGAGCUGGCUGCGGGGCUCGGAAGAGACCGUGAGAACUUCGCCCUCUUUAGGCUGAGGCCAGCAGGCGUCCCGGAGGAGGUGUAACCUGAGUAGACCUUCCCAGGUCACGCGGAAACGCCAGAAGGCCUUUGAUGAAAGAACUUCUUCAGGGUUUGAAGGACAAGCGUCCUUCUCGAACAGCCCUGCCCAGGAAAGAAGGCGGGGAGUGGGGGGGCAUCCGCGGCCGGGCUCGGACUCGGACUCGGAAAUCUUCGGCCCGGGCUCGGCAAUCAGUUCCCAGCUCCGGCCUGGGCCUCGAGCCCGGGGCCGAUCCGGAAACAGCCGAGCGGAUCCGGAAACAGCCGAGGGGACCCGGAAGGGGUGAGCGCCGUCACCAGGGAGUGCUGGAACCCGCCGUUUGCGCGGAGACGAUGGCGGCAGCUGCGCCGGCGGCCGCGGGCGAGGAUGGCCGGCGUUGGCGGCCGGGGGCCGUCCUGGACCCCCAACCCCAGGAAGGGGCGAAGGUGGAGGCUGAGUCAGAGGAGCUCGGCCGGCUGCGGGCUGAGCUGGCAGGCGCCCUGGCGGAAAUGGAGACCAUGAAGGCUGUGGCGGAGGUGAGCGAGAGCACGAAGGCCGAGGCCGUGGCUGCAGUGCAGCGGCAGUGCCAAGAGGAGGUGGCUUCACUGCAGGCCAUCCUGAAAGAGUCCAUCAGCAGCUACGAAGCCCAGAUCACCUCCCUGAAGCAGGAGCGCCAGCAGCAACAGCAGGACUGUGAGGAGAAGGAGCGGGAGCUGGGGCGCCUGAAGCAGCUGCUGUCCCGGGCUCACCCCCUGGACUCCUUGGAGAAGCAGAUGGAAAAGGCCCAUGAGGACUCGGAGAAGCUUCGGGAGAUCGUGCUGCCCAUGGAGCAGGAGAUUGAGGAGCUGAAGGCGAAACUGCUCCGGGCAGAGGAGCUGAUUCAAGAGAUCCAGAGACGUCCCCGGCAUCCCCCUUCCUUGCACGGCUCCGCGGAGUUGCUGCCCCUGUCCCGGGACCCGUCGCCCCCGCUGGAGCCUCUCGAGGAGCUGAGCGGAGACGGGGGUGCAGCAGCCGAAGCCUUCGCCCACAACUGUGACGACAGUGCCUCCAUCUCUUCCUUCUCCCUCGGCGGUGGGGCCGGCAGCACCUCCCUGCCCCGCAGCCGCCAGGGCCUGAGCCCCGAGCAGGAGGAGACAGCCUCUCUGGUGUCCACGGGCACCCUGGUCCCCGAGGGCAUCUACCUGCCCCCUCCUGGUUACCAGCUUGUCCCGGACACCCAGUGGGAGCAGCUGCAAAUGGAGGGGCGGCAGCUGCAGAAGGACCUGGAGAGCGUCAGCCGGGAGCGGGACGAGCUGCAGGAAGGUCUGAGACGGAGCAACGAGGACUGUGCCAAGCAGAUGCAAGUGCUCCUGGCCCAGGUCCAGAACUCAGAGCAGCUGCUGCGGACCCUGCAGGGGACCGUGAGCCAGGCCCAGGAGCGGGUGCAGCGGCAGAUGGCGGAGCUGGCCACGUCACACAAGUGCCUGAGCCACGAGGUGAAGCGGCUGACUGAGGAAAACCAAGGGCUGCGGGCCGAGCAGCCGCCGUCUUCGGCCGCCCGGGGUCUGGAGCAGGAGGAUGGCCACGAGGAGUCGCUGCCCAGCUCGGUGCCGGAGCUGCAGCAGCUGGUGCGGCACACGCGGCAGGAGGCGCGCGCCCAGCAGCAGGCCCGGGAGCACGAGGCCGAGCGCCUCCGGAUUGAGAUUGUGACGCUCCGCGAGGCACUGGACGAGGAGGCAGCAGCCAGGGCCAGUCUAGACGGGCAGCUGAGGGUGCAGCGGGAGGAGACAGAGGUGUUAGAGGCCUCCCUGUGCAGCCUGAGGACGGAGAUGGAGCGGGUCCAGCAGGAGCAGAGCAAGGCCCAGCUCACAGACCUGCUCUCAGAGCAGAGGGCGAAGGUGCUGCGGCUGCAGGCAGAGCUGGAGACGAGUGAGCAGGUGCAGAGGGACUUUGUACGACUGUCCCAGGCCCUGCAGGUGCGCCUGGAACGGAUCCGCCAAGCAGAAAGCCUGGAGCAGGUGCGCGGUAUCAUGGAUGAGGCGCCCCUCAGGGACAUCAGGGACAUCAAGGACACCUGAGGGGCUAGAAGCCACCCAGCCUGGGGGAGACUGCCUUUCCCCGCUCCUGAACCGAGAGGCCUGGGCUUUGGGGAUCUCAGGAUAGAGUCUUCAUGCCCUCCAAGCCUGGGGUUGAGGGGAUGGGGCCAUCACCGCCCUGUCUCUCCAGCUCCUCCUCCCCGGGGUGGCUGGCCUUCUGCCCCAAGGACGACACCUCGGUGGGAGGCCCAGCCCCCUCCAGGAACCAAAGGUGUAGGUUUAGCCCUGCGGCUUUUUGGCUGCCAUGCUGCCUUCUGGGUCCCAGCCCUCCUGCUGCUGCCCCCCCACCAGCCAGACUAACAGCUGUGCCCGUCACGGCGCCGUCCCUUCCCCGAGGCACAGCUGAGCCGUGCAUCGUGGCUGGGAGCCUCUGGCCCGCGGCAGCCAGUCCCUCCACGUGCGCACCCCGGGACAGGCCGCUGCUUUCUGGACUGCAUGACACUAAGAUGCUUGUCCCCAGGGGCCCGACCCAAGCCCCAAGAUGUGCACAGAGGCAAGACCAGACUUUUCUGUCAUUUAUUUUCAAUAAAUAAGCAGCUCAGCUCA